GCAUAUGGUUCAAAGCAUAAAUAUUCAUCUCCAAAGUGCGCUCUAUGUGAGGUGAAAAUAGGGAUGGAUUUGACUUGCUUUAGAAAAUUUUUAGACCAAAACUAUCAAUUGCUGAUUAUAUACAAAAUUUAUUUAACCCUAAAACUUUAUUUUCAUGAUCUAGACUUUUCCCAUCGUGGUUCCAAGUGCUUCCUUAACGUCUCAAGAGGAAUCAGGCAACUCAGGAUACAAAAACACAACUCAGAAUCAAGAAUAUCAACAGCUUCAAGAGAGUCCCUUUGUUCCCAAGACUGAUGAUGCAGAGCCAGACAGAGUCGAAGAAACCAAUGAAAGUGAGCUUCUUGUCGAUCUUCCUGAAGAUGUUGAUUUACUGGCAGAGUUAGAUAAGAUCUUAUCAGAGAGUUAUAUUUUGUCCCCUACAAAGUCUGCCUCUGCUGUUUCUAAAUUCAAAUCUCAAAGUCUCUCGGUGAUUCAUAUCCUUCACAAGAUACAACAACUUUUUGAUAAUCAAUUAGAAGUAUUGGUGGCUGAUGGUGGCAUUAGAAGACAGUUUCUCGACCUUUUGGCUCAGCUAAAACAAAUGAAGUCACAAGUCCCUACAAAUCUUGAGCCUUUGGUUAAUGAUAUUAAGAAAUUCUAUGAAGAUGUCCUCAAUUAUUUCCCGUCUAUUCAAGAAGUCUUUGGCAAUCAUCAAAGGUUAAUUGAAUCCAAGAAUCGACUUCAAGACAAGUUAGAAACAUCUAAAUCCAGGCAGGCUCACUUUUAUGCUUCAAUUUCUAAAGGGAAAGAAAGGAUCAAUGAGAUGUCAAAGGAAAUCAAUGACUUGGAGCUGAAACUGAAAGCCCUGUAUGUGAAGAAGGACAAGUUAGAAUCCACUGUGAAACUUUGUGAGGUUGAAACUCUCAACAUCAAUAUGAAGGCUGCCACUUGGGUGACAGAAAGGGAAGAGGUCGAGAGAACUCUCCAAGAUUCAGAGUCUGCCUUCAGAAAUGCUGAAUCAUCGAAACAGAAUUAUGAGAGGAAGCUAACUGAAUUGAAAAGCGCUCUUGGCAACAUUAAACAUUAGAAUUUUCUUCAUUCUGUAAUUAUUCCUUUUUUCCGUUUGUUCGUUUGUUAACUUCUGCGAUUGUUUUAAGUAGAAUUUAACAACUGUGGCAAAUCCAAAUAAUAAUUUCCUAUUAUUUUUCCUUUGGACCGUUAGUCGUGCUUCCUUUAUGAUUUGGACACGAUGUCAAUCUACAAGAUAGCAUCAUUUCAAGAAACAAACCUAUACCCGUUUGAGAAAUGAGAAGUCAGUUUUCUAGUACUAUUAUAGAAAUAGAAAUGAACCCUGAACCAAACGAAAGUAAAUCCUAUAAUUAGCCCGUGUCAAUUGU